AGCUGACGAACGUCAGAAACCGAAACGUUACUCUCAAGCAAGCUGUGCUAGCGGCGUGUGCACUGAAUUAUACAAUCAUAUAUUAAAAGAGGAAAGAACUGCACAAUGUUUGCCCUGCGGAGGCUUUCCACCGUCGCACUCAGCGGUGCCCGUUGCAAACACUCUUUGCCGGACUUGCCUUAUGCCUAUGAAGCCCUGGAGCCCAUCAUCAGCCGUGACAUCAUGACGCUUCACCACCAGAAACAUCAUGCCACCUAUGUGAACAAUCUGAAUGCAACCGAAGAGAAAUUGUCUCAGGCAAUCAGUAAGUGUGAUGUCUCUACUGCAAUCUCGCUGGAACCGGCGCUCCGCUUCAAUGGUGGUGGUCAUCUCAACCAUACCAUUUUCUGGGAGACACUCUCCCCAAAGUGUACUGAAGCAUCCAAGGAUCUGAUGGUGGCCAUUACUGAAUCUUUUGGCAGCUUUGAUGCAAUGAAGGAACUGUUAUCAGCUGCUGCUGUGGGAGUUCAAGGUUCAGGCUGGGCUUGGCUUGGAUAUGAUCCUAAAAUAAAGCGCUUACGGAUUGCACAGUGUGCUAACCAGGACCCGCUGGAGGCGACAACCGGGUUGAAGCCGUUGUUCGGGAUCGACGUCUGGGAGCACGCUUACUAUUUACAGUACAAGAACGUGCGCGCCGACUACGUGAAGGCCAUCUUUGAGGUCACUAAUUGGGAGGCGGUUAGCAAGCGUUAUUCCAAAGCCGCAUGUUAAUGUAUGGGGACAGCAUUGAUAUUGAUCUAGUUGUUAAUAAAGUAAAACAAACACGUGUACACACAAA